AUGACGCGCCUCCCAUCCCGGUUGCCGCGCCUCCACAGUCCCGCUCCUAUGUCGACGGCGAUUAGCAGACAAAGCAUCCCAGUGGCAGCCACAAUUCUGAAAAAUCCGGCCGCCGUUUCAAGCUCUGUAUUCUAUAGAUCCGAUUCACAUCGGGCACCACCACCUCAACUGCCGCACGACGUCAGCCACCCGCCGCAUGCCGCCUGUCAGACAAACACCACCGCCACCUGUCGGACAAUCACCACCGCCGGACAACACCAUCUGCAUAUUGUUGGGUUCCGACCGCCGCCGUCGGUCCCGUCGCCACCACCACGGCCUCCAAUUGAUCCACCCCGACCAGGUCCGCCAUAUCCGCAAUCACGUCUCCAACAAUCCAACGUCGUCUCUCGUCCGACCACCAGGCUGAACCCGGCGGCGCUCGAGAUUUAUUAUCAUCUUCCUCUCCGACGCCGGACGCCGCACCUCCCGACCGCUGACGACGGGGCUUAUAUCGGCCGUCGACCUCGACUUCAACGGCAAUCUGGUAUUCUCGAGAGUCCCGGCGUUUUUGCGGCUUAA